AUGACAUACUGUUUCGGGACUGAUGAUCAUUCAAUAAAGUUAUUUCUUGAUACGGCAUUUGAAGGUGAGAUCGAGGACGUUGAAAAAUUAUUAGAUCAGGGAUUCAAGCCAGAUCUCGCUGAUACUGACUCUACUACGGCACUACAGAUUGCUGCAGCGCAAGGGGACUUGGAUUUAAUGCAGUUACUUCUCGGCUACGGAGCGGCCGUCGAUAAAUGUAAUGAUAUCGGUUUUACUCCGCUGCUGCAUGCCUGUCGAAAUGGUCACCUAGACGCCGUCGAGUUGUUGCUUGAGUAUGGAGCUGAUUCGCGGCGAUGCACGUUUUACGGAGCAAACGCAAUGACAUUAGCUGCAGCUGGCGGUCACAUUGAGGUCGUACUUCGUUUGCAGGGUGUUUGUAACAUGCCGCAAAGGUUAUCACCUUCGCCGCUUGUAGCCGCAGUGGCAAGACGACACUUUGAUUUGGUUGCUUUUUUCAAAUUACUGAGGGGUCCACCGUUGUGGUAUAAGCGCAGUGCUCUUUAUGGUCUCGACGCACAAUCAACUGCUAGGAUUCUAGCGGAUCGACAAAUGACCGAAUUCCUGUCUGAUUUGGAUCAGUUUAUUAAAAACUCAGAAAAAAAUGGCUCAAAAGAGAUAGACCGAUUAUUACCUGAUAUCAGGUGUAUGAUACAUCAACGGAAAGUGCGAGGACUUCAGUCACUGCUAAAUUCUGGUCGAGAAUUUGUUCCCUUGCCUAGCGGUACUACACCACUAAUGUUUGCUGCUGUAGUUGGAGACCUAAGGAUGAUUCUUAGGAACUGCAGCUCGAAAAGCACACUCACUGACAGAUUAGGGUUUAGGGAAAAAGUUGUAAGAACUUUGGGUCCCUACGCUUCCAGGAUACCGCCGGUACUCUUUCAUCUGCUUAACUGUCCGCAUGACUUAUCUAGAGGUGGAACUGAGCGGAAGGUUUACACAAGUCAACAAGAGUCUGCUAUGGGCAGUUUUGUGGAGAAGUAUUUGCCAUUGAUGAAUUCCAAAGCGAUUUCUGAGGUGAAGAAGCAAGAAGCGCUUUUUAAGCCAGAUUCGAAUAGCGAACUGCUCGAAAGCAUUUCGGAACUUCGACGUUCUAUUUUUCAAUUUAAUUCCUUGAAUGAUAUUUCUGCGGCAAAACCAGAAUCGAGUGGUGCAGCAACUGAAAAAGAAAAAUCUGACUGUUGGGAAAUGAUAGUGGAACGCUGUGGCAUUGAAACAGCCAGUGUGUUAAAAAAAGAAGGGAUUGAUUUUGAAAGCUUUCUUUUGUUAGGACGGGACGACUUUGAAGAAUUGUUCUUCGAUAGUGUGCUGGUUGAUACUCUUGAACAGAUUCAGGACAGUUUCAACAGAGGACCUUAUCCAAAAAAUUUGGAUACACAAACGAAAGCGUUUAGCAUUGCAGUGGAACAGUUAAAAAGUGUUAAAACUGUGAUUCAUGACUCAUACGCAAAUGCAACUAUGAGACCAACCGAAAUGGAUGGUGAAGCUGAGCUCCCUACUGCGGGUUAG